AUGCAGGCCAGCGUCCCGGUCGAGGAGGCCCUCGUGGCCGGGAAGAUCACGCCGCCGCCCGUCGCUGGCGGCGCCGACUUCGUGGCCGCCGCCGCCGCCGCGUUCGUCGCGGCGCUCGCCGUCGCGGCGUCGUUCGUGCUCGUCUCCUUCGACGCGCGCGCGCGGCAGGGCCGCCUGCGCCGCGUCCUCGACCUGGGCUCGUCGCUCCGUGGCCCCCGCCUGCUGCUCGCCUUCUUCGCGGGGCUCCUUGCCGUUGCCGAGGCGCUCCGCCUCCCGUUCUUCGGGCGGGCCGCCAUGCUCCCGCCGCGCCGCCACGCCAUGCCGUGCCUCGCAUACCCCCUCGUGGCGCACGGCAUCGCCGAGCCCGGGAUGCUCGCCUCCGUGCUCCUGCUUCUGCGCGCGUCCGUCGGCGGCGCGCGGCUGCCGGCGACGUCCGCCGUCGCCGUGCCGCUCGCCUGCCUGCCGUUCCUCACCGCGCACGUCCUCGUGCUCGCCACGCCGGCCGCCGUCCUGGCGUACCCAGGCCAGCUCGCGCACGCCGCGGACAGCGCUGGGCACUGCGCGUACCCGACGUACGCCGCCACGCUGCUCCUCGCGCUCGUCGCGAUCUACGUGCCCCUGCUCGCCACCGCGUGCUGGGACGUGGCCGCCGUCGCUAUCAACAGGCGGCUGCGUGCGAGGGCGUACGCGCUCGUCACGUUCGCCGUCGCGCCGCUGCCCGUGCAGGUGCUGGCGCUCGGGCUGACCUCCGUGUGGGACAUCCACCAGUACACGUCGCCGACGGUCGGCCUCGUUGGAUUCCUCGCGGUGGCGGUAGCCGCCGAGGCCACGCUCAUCAUCCUUGUCAUGCUGCCAGUUCACGAUGCGCUUGUCCUUGACGACCAGCUGCCGGCGGUGGCGACCGCCAGCGAGGAUGCGCGUGACCUCGCCAGAUGA